UAUAAAACUCAGAAUGAAGAUUACCAAACACAAGAAAACUCGUAAGUACAUGAGUUUUUACAUAAACAAUUUCGGAUUUCGCGAACCACUGCUGGUGCUGAUCGAUGGGAGCUUCUGUCACGCCGCGUACAAGGUACGUCUUCAAAUAGAGGAACAGCUAAAAAAGUACUUCCAGUGCGAGGUGAAACCGAUCGUCACAGCCUGCAUCAUCACGGAGACGGAUAAUCUCGGACCGGCAUUCGUCGGCACCAGUCAGCUGUUGAAGAAAUUCCUCGUACACCGCUGUGGGCACGAAAAGCAACCGGUCGACGGGGCCACCUGUAUUAAGGCGAUGACAAAAACGUGCCACUACGUCGUCGCAACGCAGGAUCGUGCCCUGCAGGAAUGGGUACGCGGUAAUCCAGGUAUUCCGCUGUUUUACCUGCACAAUGCAUCCGUCCCAACGUUGGUGCAACCGUCCGAGGCCCAUCGGCAGGCGGCCGCUGACGGACAAAAGGAUCGAGUUGGUAUUCGAGAGCUCGAUAAAACGACGAUACAAGCGCUUAAGGUAAAGGAGGGACUCGUUGCACCCGAACCGAAAGUGCGCAAGAAACCGCGUAAACCUAAAAAUCCUAACCCACUGUCGUGCAAAAAGCCGAAGAAAAAAAAAUCCGAUGUAAAUGGGAACGGUCAAUCGGAUGUUAAGGUGGGGCCAGCUCACGGUGAUAGUGGAGUAGUGAAGAAAAAGAGUCGAAAGCGUAUUAAGCUACCGAAACACGUGGUUGAGCAUUUGAAAGCAACGAAUGGAGUACAAAAUAAAGUGAGUAGAAAGUAA